UUUUAGGUUAUAUUUUCAGAAACAUAACCUGAAUAAAAAUCUAAAAAAAAGUAAAAAAUGCGUGAGAAAAUUCUAACAAACGUCGAAAAAACCUUUGUAAAUAAAUGCAUAAGUCAAAAGUUGCGAAUCGAUGGAAGGCGCAUGAAUGAUUUCCGGAAGAUUAAAUUGUCAUUUGGUAGUGAAUGGGGCAGUGCUCACGUGGCCCUUGGAGAAACUCGAGUUCUCGUGCAGGUAUCAUGCGUAGUGACACAACCCAAAUCUGUGCGUCCCCAGGAGGGAUUACUGUCCAUUGCUGUGGAAAUUGGUUCAAUGGCAGCGGCACAUUUUGAAGGUGGUCGCUCAUCGGAUGAAGCAAUACAGAUUAAUCGGAUUCUAGAACGUGCCUUCAAGGAUUCCAGAUGUGUCGAUCUUGAAUCACUAUGCCUGGUGGCCGAGGAGAAAGUUUGGAGUGUGCGAGUGGACGUUAAUGUGUUGAAUCAUGAUGGAAACAUCAUUGAUUGCGCUUCUGUGGGUGUUCUGGCGGCUCUCCUGCAUUUCCGGAGGCCCGAUGUUACAUGGACAGGAACAGAAUUCACCAUACACACAUCAGCAGAAAAGGAUCCCAUACCUCUGGUGCUGCAUCACUUCCCAGUUUGUGUAUCAUACGUCAUAUUCCAGGAUGGCUCAGUGGCUUGUGCUGAUCCCACCGAUCUUGAAGAACGUGUGGCACAAGCAAAUAUGGUGUUUGGUCUUAAUUCUUAUCAAGAGCUUUGUGGACUCCAUCUGGGUGGUGUGACUCUCCUUUCGGCGGGAUUUGUGAUUGAUUUAGCAAGUCGUGGUGUAAAACAUGCUAAGAAUCACAUAGAAAUGGUGAAAAGAUGCAUUGAGGAGGACACCAGAGCCCGUCAAGGAGGUGCACGUGUUAGUUUCGUUAAAUGCCUCGAUGAGGGUGGUAUAAAGUCAUCUUUUGAAGAACGAAUACCCAUUAAAAUACCAUCGAGAGAGCCUAGGGAGAGGCGAAAGCCGAAGGAAACAGUCAAUGAUAGCACUGAAGGAGUGAAAAUGGAGGAAGAAUCUUUUGAAAUUCAUCGUGUAAAUUCAGAAAGUGCCACAUUGAUGGAGGUGGAUAAUUUCGGUCUUGGAGGGCCCAACAAAUGGAUUCCCGACGAUAAUAAUGCUUCCACGGAUGAAAGUGAUGAGGAAGAAGAGAAAAAGCCACAAGUGAAAGUAAAACGAGAUUCCGGGAGUGAAGAGGAGGAUACAGUGAUGGUUUGAAGUAGAUCAAGGAGCUAUUUCGUCGAUCUCGUCAUAGUUUUAAUUACUCACAGACCACAAUAAAUACACAAAAGAUUGUCCGGAAAACA